AUAACAAAUAAUUUGAGAUGGCAGGAAAGAAGGGUAAAAAGGCUAAAUCAGAUGGGGACAAGAAAGGGGCCGAUCAGCCAUCAGAACGAGAGGUUGUGGCGAGGAUUGAGCUGGAGAAACUGAACGACGAACUGGCGUCGGUAAAGAGUGAGGUGGAAAGACUACGAAAGGAGAACGAAUGGUUGAAAGAUGAAGCUAAUAGAACGAAGAUGGAAAGUCACGAAUAUUUACAGUACAUGUCUCGAAAGACCCAGAAGAGGCAGAGCACGAUAGCCAUGCUCAAUGAGAAAAACGAAAAGGAGCUGGAACAAAUAAAUACAGAGAGAGAAGCGAUUGUUGAGCAGUAUGAGAAAAGGAAGCAAGAGUUAAAGAGUUUGUUAGAACAGAAAGAAGGAGAACACGCUCAGGUUAUGAGGGAUCUUCAGGACCUUGCUGAGUAUCAGCACAUCAGACUCGAACAGGAGGCGGAGAUCGGUCAUCUGGAGACAGAAGUGGAGAGAUUGAAGAUAGAACACGCGGAGACCCUCCAACAAAUGAAGAGCAACUUUUUGAAGGAAAAAGCAAAUCACGAAUAUGACGCCGACCAUAAAAUUAAACAGAUGAAGCAGAAAGCUAAUGACGAAGCAGUGCAGUGUCUAGUUGAGCACACUCAGAAAAUAAGUGCUGAAAACAAACUUCUUCGCAAGGAAUUGUUGACGCUCAUCCGAAGAUCCCAAGCUCUCACGGAACACAAACUGGAGCUGCAAGGUCAAAGGAAGGGACUUGUCAGGGAACAUCAAAUAACAAAAGAUUUGAAGAAGCUUCGAAAAGUUCACGUUGAUGAGGUUUAGCGGCCUGUAAAGUCCAUCUUCCCGAAUCUCAAACUCCAGCUUCCAGAAAAACUUUUUCCGUGUUAAUCAAACAUUCGAUUAACUUUCUCAUGAUAUAAAAGUGUACAGUGUAUAAGAAAGUUGCAGAGCGUACAAUAAAGCUAAUGUUUGUACUUUUAGUUCGUAAACUUUUAUAAUGAAUAUUCCAGAAAUUAUGAUUUAUAGAGAUUAACGCUCAUUCAGAAUUAACUACAAUGAACAAACAGAAUUUUAAAUGGUAGGGUCAAAGAGUUUUGUUUAACUUUAUGUUUUUCGUUUUGUAUCAGAUGUAAAUAUGUACAAAAGCUGUUCAUCCUCUACUGUGAGGAAGUGUAAGUUAUAAUUUAUUAGAUA